CCCAGAGUCUCCUAGCAGCCAAUCAACAAGCAGUUUUUGUUGUUGACGAAUAGAAGGAACUAGCUAGCAGCAAGUUAGCAAUCAAGCAAUUAAAAAAGUUUAUACAGGUCUGCAGAUUGCUUCGUUUAUGGCAUAAAUAUGAAAGACGAUAAGGAAAAUACUCGUCAGAGGGAGAAAAGGAUGGAGAUAAAAUGCGAAAACAUUGAAAAAACGGAGAAGCCAAAGCAGGAGAAGAAAGAAUUAAUGACGAAGAUCAUUAUCCGACGUCUGCCUCCAAGCAUAACCAAGGAGGAACUGGAGGUGCAAUUGCAGCCACUUCCAGAAGUGGACUACUUAGAAUUUUUCUCCAAUGACAGCAGCAUGUACCCCCAUGUCUUCGCCAGAGCAUACAUCAACUUCAAGAUUCAGGAAGAUAUUGUACUUUUCAGAGACCGGUUUGAUGGAUAUGUGUUCGUUGAUAAUGGAGGGCAGGAGUAUCCAGCCAUUGUUGAAUUUGCUCCUUUUCAAAAGAUUGCCAAAAGAAGGAGUAAGAAAAAGGAUGCUAAAAGUGGAACAAUAGAUGAAGAUGCUGACUACAAGAAAUUCCUGGAGAUUUAUAAUGGCGACGAUGAAAAGUUUACAUCCACCCCUGAGACUCUACUGGAGGAAAUAGAGGCGAAAACAAAGGAACUAGUAGCUAAGAAAAUGACUCCCCUCUUGGACUUCUUAAAGAACAAACAGAGAAUCCGUGAGGAAAAGAGAGAGGAAAGGAGGAGACGAGAACUCGACCGUAAACGCCUGAGGGACGAGGAACGUCGCAGGUGGAGGGAGGAGGACAGGAGAAAGCGCAAAGAAGCAGAGAAGUUCAAGAAAGGAGACAAACCUUCCGAGAAGGAUAAAGACCAAGCGAAGGAGGUGCCAAAAAUCAAGCUCUUGAGAAAACCAGACAGAGGAGAUGAUGUGGAGAAGCCUAAAGAGAAGUUAAAGAAACCUGAGAAGGACAAGAUGAAAGACGACAGAGCUCCAGGGUGUCCUGAUAUGACAAAACGCCAAAACUUCGAAACCAGGGAGGAUAGGGUAUCGCGGAAAGCUGAUGAAGAUGGACACAAAGACUUCAGAGAGCGUGACGUAGAAAGGGACAGAAACCAUGAACAAGACAAGGAGAGGGAGCGGCGGCAGAAAGAGAAGGAGCGCAUCAGACGACAAGACGAGGAUCGACGAAGGAGGAGGGAAAGGCACGAUGGAGAGAACUCCUACAGAAAGCGAGAGGAAGAAGGGAAAAAGAAGAAAGGAGAUCGUGUCUGGGAAAAGAGAAGGGGCGAGAAUGCCGGGGACUCCGCAAGCCAUACUGAUAAGCCUAAAAAGUCAGAAGAAACCCUGAGGGAGGAGAAAGCUAAAAGAGAUUGUUUAAGAAACAAGGAUCGGCCUACCAUUCAGCUAUACCAGCCAGGUGCCAGGAACCGAGGAGGAGAAUCUCAUCCUGGGGAGCGAAAGUUGGAUCGAGACCAAGAGAAGGGAGUUGAAGGAUAAAACAAAAUGACCACAAAUAAAGAAUGUUGAAACGAUUGAGAGGAAUCUGCUCUGAGCCAAGCAAACUGGUGCCAGAGAGGCUGCUGCAGUAGUGCUUCUCCUGCAGAGCCACAUCACGUCUUCCCACUCCCAACCAGAGGAAGGGAUGUGACCAUGGUGUCCCCCCUCAGUGCCUGAAGGUGCCCCUCUUUUAGUUUUGUUUAUGGAGAAAAGCAAGGGAAAGUUGGCGCUUUAAUGUUUGCAGGAGUUUGGCUAUGGGGCAGCAGGUAGCCUAGUGGUUAGAGCAUUGGACUUGUAACCGAAAGGUUCCAAGAUCGAAUCCCCGCGCUGACAAGGUAAAAAUCUGUCGUUCAGCCCCUGUUCCUAGGCCGUCAUUGAAAAUAAGAAUUUGGACCACAUGAAUUUAAAGUGAGCUUACAGUAUUGGUACACAGUUGCGAAGCACAGUUCUUAUAUUAAAUAGGCUUUCACCCUCAUUAGUUGUUCAUACGUUAAAAAGAAAUCGCAUACAAUAUGUUAUUUCAUUUAGAAACAGUGUAGGAGUCUACUGGUUUAACUAUAUCCUGUUGCUUCAUUCAAAAACUAGGCAUAUUUUAGGUUUAUACUCUGUACAUUUAGAAGUUUGUUUUCUAUUUCCCCAACAAGUCCUCAAUACUCUGUACAGGUAAAAAAAAAUAUAUAUAUAUUAAGCUGUUAUUUCACCCGUUCAACAAUUCAGGGGAAUUAAAAAGCCAUUUCAUUUAUAAAUAUAGAACUGUGAGCUAUGCCUUGACUUGAGACUGCACGCAACCCCCUAAUGGGUGACUAUUAAGUUGUGGCCUUCUCUGUUGUACUCGUAUACAUCUUCAUACAUAAACAAUGCUACAGUAUGGUAACAACAUUCUAAUUGGAAUAAGCAUAUAUACCUUAAUUUGUUUCCUGUUUCAUGAGCCUUGCUAAACAAGAGUUACAAAUGAGCGCAAUAAAGAAAAUAUUGUUCGAA